GCGCUGUAUAAUCUUUACGGUCAGGGUCAACGAAACGUAGCAUGUGUUGUGUUGCGUACACUGUACACGCGCUUUGUGUUAACCGGCCAUAUUGGAAUGCACACUGUAGUGAUUGCACCAUCCACGACGGCAGCGGCUGCUACGAUUUCGCGGGCGGUGGGUGGGUGGUGGUGGUGUUGCUGGUGAACGUUUUUACAAUUCUACCUUCUACCCGGCGAUUUGAUUUUCGCUACGUCGGAGGUUUCAAAGAGAAACAAUAGUAAUAACGUUGCACAGACGAUCAAUAAUUGUAAAAAUACAUCACGAUUUACGGUGUCGAACCGCGUAGCAAUGGGAACAAUAAUCGUAUGAAAACGUGACAAAAAAUUUCACCGGAUAGUAGCCGCCGCCGCCGCCGCCGUCGCAACCGGCCGACGACACCGGAAGCCGAGUUCGGCAGAAAUAAUAGGGACAAUAAUAUUGUACGCGCUCGUACGGUUAUUUUUUUCCCCUCUCGCGACAUCAACGCGCGCGCCAUUUACGCACGACGAUUUUUCGUGGUAUCGUACUCGGGCCGCCGGAUCGUGUAAACACAACGUUACUCGCGCACGCACGCCGCCGGUCAACCGGACAAUCGUCUGUUCACUCGCUCACACUCACACGUACACAUGUAAUAUUAUUUUUAUUUCGUACGCACACGCACGCACACACGCACGAAUGCCGCGCGCGCAUUCAUAUCUCUACGGAUAAUAAUAAUAGUAAUAAUAAUAAUCAUAAUUAUACGAAAAGUGAUAAAUGCGUCUAUAUCUCGCGGAGGAAUCGUUCGACAGUGGAUUACGACAACAACAACAAUGCCGAUGUCGCCGUGUUAGUUUUGUUAUUAAAUCGUGAUAAUGAUAAUGCGUUCGCCGCUCCCGUUCGAACCGGAUUCGAAGUGCCGAAGUGUUUUGUAGCUUGUAGUUUCUACGCGAUCGCGGGACAUGAUCUGCGCAGCAGCACCAAUCGCUUGUUGAAUCGACUACCCUCGCCGUGACAUGCACCCAGUUUCGUCUGACUGGGUCCAUAUGAUCUCCAAGAGUCUAGGACUAAGAUGAGUGGCGGCGCAAGCCCAAGCUCUGCGUUGCCUAAAAAGAAGAAGAAAAGCGACGCCAAGGGUCAAUCUCAACUAAAUAAGUGCACUAAUGAAAAACGUCGACGAGAACUAGAAAACAUAUACAUUGAGGAACUGGCCGAGUUGAUCUCAGCUAGUUUUGCGGACAUGAAUUCCUUGUCUGUAAAACCUGAUAAGUGCGCCAUUUUGCAGGAAACUGUGAAACAGGUGCGAGCCGGGGCUCAUAGGAUUUGCUCUGAACAAACAAAAAAUUGUUUAAUUAGUACAGAAUCUGCUGUUCAGCAAGGUGAAGUAUCUUCUUCAAAACCUACUAGAUUAUCAAAUACUCAAUUAGCACCGUUGUUACUCUCGGUAUUAGACGGAUUUUUAUUUGUUGUAAACGCAGAAGGUCAAAUAGAAUUUGUUACAGAAAAUAUUCAACAAUUUCUACGCUUUAAUAAAGAAGAACUUCUUGGUAAGAGUGUUUAUAAUAUUAUACACCACGGUGAUCACACCCGGUUUGGCUCUCUUUUAAACAAACCUUUGUUAUACUACGAUUCGUCAAUUACUUCACCGGGUUCUAAUCAAUCAACAACUCCUCUUAUGGAACAAUCGCCUUCUGGUUCCAAAGGAAACGAUUGGAAUCAGAGGAUUACGACAAAUUUUAAUUGUCGAUUGUUAAUCAAAUCGCCAUCUGAUCAAGAUCAAACCAUUGAAGAAAAACAAACAAGCGUGUCCAAGUACGAGACAUUACAGAUUUCGUCAACAAAAAUGAACGGAAGAAUGGUUGAUGACGAAGAAAGCAUAGAUGGCAGUAGUCAGAAUUUAUUAUGCAUAGCACGUCGAGUUUCAUUUGAUGAAAAACAUCUAAGUCCACCUUUAGAGCAAUUCACCAUUAAACUCGAUAAACAUGGCAAAAUCCUAGCUUUAGACCUUAAAGAUGUGUCUGAAACUUAUGCUCAACACAUACAUAAGGAUAGUUUAGUUGGCAGAAUGUUACAAGACAAAUGUCAUAAAAAUGAUAUAAUAAAAGUCACCAAUCACUUACAAGAUACCCAACGAUUUGGAAAUAAUACCAGUCCAGUCUACAAAUUACACUUAGUUGAAGAUAGUUAUGUAAAUGUUCAAACUAAAUCUAAAUAUUUCAAAAGUAAUGAAAACCAUGAAAUGGAAGACUUUAUAAUGGCAGCACAUUCAAUUAUUGGUGAUGGUGAAGUAUGUGCUAUAAUUGAGAAAAAUGCUGCUCGUGCAGCCGCCGCUGCAGCAGCGGUAGCAGCAGCAGCAGCCGUAACUGACCCACUGAGUACCUCAUUAAAUGGAUCUGAUGCAUUAAUGGCUAACAAUAUGGAUAAUAGUCAAUCUGAAUCCAAAUUCAGUAAUAAUGAUUCUAAUAUGGCUCCAUCGACUGAUCUCAGUUUCUCCGAUUUUGGAAUAUUUCCAAGCACAACGUUUGGUGAUAUACUGCAAGAGAAUAAAUGGUCUGAACCAUCUACAAGUUCUGUUGAUGGACCUUCCAGAACUACAUCAGUGCCUAGCCCAGCUACUUCAGUGUCAACUAAUCCCCAUACUCCUGUGUCACAAACACAAUACUCUUCUUUUCCCUUUAGUCCACUCAUAUCGUCACCAAAGGAUUCUUAUGACUCCUCUGGUAGUGUUGACAGAACGGAGUCGGCUAGAUUACGCUCAUUGUUGUUAAUGACAACACCCAAACGAACAGAUAGUCUAUCAGACGAGAGUAAUGUGACAAAGAAUAACCAAAACAUACUAAAAGGAUUGUUGAAGCCUAAUGAAAUAGCAUCACAAAGUGCAGAUGAUGAUUCGACUCAUCACAGCACUCCACCAAGUCCUGCUAAUGUACAAGCAUCACACAAUAAUUCUAACUUCAAUGAUGCUCCUUCAACUCCAAAUAGUGCUACUACUAGCAAUAAUAAUAACAACAUGUUGCUUAAGUUAUUAAAUAACAAAAGCGAGGAUGAAGAUAUUGAAGCACGAGCAGGUCUUAAAAAACAAAAUGAUCUUCUGCAACAAUUGCUGAAAGAUGAUGAUAAUGUUAGGCAGCAUAAAAUCAUGCUUGAGCAAAAUGAUCACUCAAAUGAAGAUUCAAUUCUAAAUAGUAUGGGUUUCCGUAUUAUUCCACCAACAUCACCAGAUAGUCAUAAUCAUGGUCGGAAACGUAACAGUAUAAGUGCUGAUGAUGAAAAUGAUCAUCCACCAUUAAAACGCACUAAUAGCUCUGGUGGAAGUUCAGGACCUUCAGUACUCGAUUCAUUAUCUAGUCCUAGUGGUUCUCAGGCUCAAGUUACCAAUAGCAAGCUACGUGAACGAAACAAAAUGCUUGCUUCAUUGUUAGCCAAAAAUCCAACUCCUACUGCUAUACCAGCAAUACCUGCUUCAGUUAUUUCAGCUACACCACAGGACAAAUUAGUUACUAUUAUAAAACAACAGCAUCAACAACAGCAGCCACAGUCUGCUGCUAACUGGAACGUAAAUAGUGGCCAACAUUCAAUGAAUUUAUUACAAAGCAUGCAGCAACCUCAGCUUCAAAAUCAUCAACGAAUUUUAUUGCAAAAAAAUCAACAACAAGGCAUCCAAGGUCAAAAUCAAAUUCAGUUACAACAAAUGCGACAAGUCACAUCUUCAGCAAGUAGUGGUGGUUAUGGUGCUCAGUUGAGCAACAUAGCUGAAUCAAAUAGUAACUCCUUACCAUUUAAUUCAGAUCCUGAAUUGUCUGAAUUGUUGGAAGAAGUUAUGGACAUUAUGAAUGUCUCUUCAGAUAAUUCAACACUGUUAAACUUAUUUAACAUUUUGGAAACUACAAGUGCACCUAAUCCAGUUGGACCCAGCACUACCAACCAAAAUUCAUUUAAUUCUAUAAUGAAUGAAAAAAUGGCUGUUAAUGCUAUUCAAAAAUCUUUAAUGCAAGUUGAAUCUUCAGUGAAAUCGCCUCAACCAUUGAAUUAUGGCUCUCCAGCUGGUAGUAAUCUACAUACACAAAAUCAAUUUAUUCCACCUCCAGCAUAUCAACCACAACAAAAAACAUCUGUUAGAUUUAAUCAACAACCAAGAAUGGCUGGAAUACCAUCAUAUUCUAAAACUGUCCAAACACCACCUUUGCAACAACAACAGUUAUUAUUGCAACAACAGCAACAGCAACAAAAACAAAGGUUAAUACAACAACAACAACAAAAACAAAGGCUUUUACAGCAGCAGCAGCAGCAAAAAAUCAUGGUUGUAACGACAAACGCUGCAUCGUUACCAUCUCCAGAUGCUACUAGAGCUUUACAAACAAUAGAUUCAUUAUUAAAUAACUCUGGUCCACCUAAUGUUGCAUUACAACGUUCCUCUAGUGUACCUGAUUCACAAUCUCAACUAAGUCCAGUUUAUGCUGCAUCCAGCAGCCAGUUGCUCAAUUCAUCUCAGAUCUCACCUUCAUCUAACCGACAACAACCUCCAUAUUCAACUCUUACUCAACAGUCAUUUCCUAUAUUAAAUUAUGGAACUACUACACAAACUCAAACGACCACUCAAGCGCAACAAAUUGUUCAACAAACUACUUCAAGAAUGUCUCCAUCAACACAUUCUCAAUACCAAAAUCCUAUCAACCCUUGUGUAAAUCAACAACAGCAGCAAACGCAAAGUUUAUACCUAAACCAAACGCAACAACCUGGAGUGUGGUCUCAACAAAGAUUAACUUUGCAUCAACAACAGAAUCCUAUGCUUAAUGCUCAAUUGCAGAUAACUGGUAGUUUCAACAAUAAUAAUGCAAGACAAAAUUUUAUUAAUCAACAACAGGGUCAUGGAGCUAAUCGUGUAUUAACAAGCCCAGUUAGUUAUAAUUCAGAAGUACCACCCAGUACGAAUUGUCAACCACAACAACAACAGCAACAACAAUAUAGGUUGCCUAGAAAUAUAAAUAUGACAACUGCCAAUUCACAAAUCCCUGGUGGAAAUAAUGGUGUCACUGAAUUUACUAGGAAUGAACUUAGAGCAUUUGUAGGAGUUCGCAGCCAACAACAAAGUGGUACACGUUUAACUAGCCAAUUAUUGCCUGGACAAAAUGUUACUCCCCCUGAACUCGAUUCAUUAGGUUUAAAUUUUGAUAUACCUUCAGGUAGCGAAAGCCCCAAAUGGUCUGGACUAAAUUCAGAUAUGAGUUCAUCUUCUCCACAACCACAAGGAAUUCCUUCAAGGAAUCCAGUGGAUGAAUCUACCAGAACAAAUAGUGCAAAUUCAACCACCAAUUUAUCAGACCAAAAAUCUUCUCUUUUACAAAAACUACUUUCAGAAUAA